AUGGCCGACGCUCCGCAAGGGACCCUGCCUGUGCCUCCCGCGACCGCCGCAAAGCUGACUCCGGCAGAGAAGUUCCAGCUCAUCACGCAAAACUUGGGGGAGGUGCUGGGCGCCGAGCAGCUCAAGGCGCUGCUGGAGGAGCGGGAUCUCGUUGCGUACUGGGGAACGGCGCCGACCGGUCGACCCCAUCUCGGCUACUUCGUACCUCUGGCCAAGAUUGCCGACUUUUUGACAGCGAAUGUCGAGGUCAAGGUCUUGCUCGCCGAUGUUCACGCUUUCCUCGACAACUUGAAGGCGCCCAUCGAGCUCGUCGAAGCACGAGUCGACUACUACCGCCGCCUGAUCACCGCCGUCUUCCGCUCACUCAACCUCCCCCUCGACCGUCUCAAGUUCGUCGUCGGCUCGUCGUACCAGUACACCGCCAACUACAACCUCGACAAGUACAAGAUGUCUGCCAUCACGACUGAGCACGAUGCGCGCAAGGCCGGAGCGGAAGUCGUCAAGCAGGUCUCGUCGCCUCUGCUCUCCGGCCUCCUCUACCCUCUCCUCCAGGCGCUCGACGAGGAGUACCUCGGCGUCGAUUUCCAGUUCGGAGGCGUCGAUCAGCGGAAAAUCUUCACCUACGCCGAGGCUUACCUCCCCAAGAUCGGCUACAAGAAGCGCUCGCACUUGAUGAACCUCAUGGUUCCCGGUCUCUCGGGCGGCAAGAUGUCGUCGUCCGACCCCAACUCGAAGAUCGACUUCCUCGACUCGCCCUCCGCCGUCAAGAGCAAAAUCCAAAAGGCGCACUGCGCCCCUGGCGAGGUCGAGGGUAACGGUGUCCUCGCCUUCAUCCGCCACGUCGUCGUGCCCAUCGGCGAGCUUUUCAAGGGCCAGGGUCGCGCCGAUGCUCGUCCCUGGGUCGAGGGUGAUGCGCCCGCGGACGCCGUUUUGACCAUCAAGGGCGACCCCAAGUUUGGCGGCUCGGUCCGCCACUUCCGCACGGUCGACGAGCUCGACGACGCCUACGCCAAGGGCGAGGUGCACCCUGGCGACCUGAAGAACGCGACGGUGCAGGCCAUCAACGCGCUCCUCGCGCCCAUCCAGGCCGAGUUCGACGGGAGCCAGGAGUUCCAGGAGGCGGAGAAGCGGGCCUACCCGGUCGAGGUCAAGCAGGUUCCGGCGAAGAAGAAGGUCAAGAAGUACACGCCCAAGCCGGAACACUUGAAAACGCCCGAGGAGAAGGCCCGGGACGCGGAAAAGGCGGGUUUGGACGAGACGGCGCAGCUGCGCGAGGCAGUUGUCGAGACUCUGUCGGCGUAG